ACCACCACCACUCAUCAGACUUUCCAAAUAAAACGGAUCCAGCUGUGUGCGGCUGUGCUUCUCCGUGAGUCACACUGCUGUGCUGCUCAGCAGACACAGAGAGAGAGAGAGAGAAGGAAAGAUGUCCGGUAUCAUGCUGCUGUUGGUGUCUUUGAGUUUUUGCUUGUGGCCGACCGAUGGCGCAGCACGGAGCGGGAAAGUGAUCCUGCGGGACGCCCUGGAGCGGGGCCCGGUCAGUCUGAACGACAUGUUCCGCGAGUUGGAGGAGUUGAUGCAGGACACCCGGCACAUCCUGGAGGAGACAGUGGACCAGAUAACUACUGAGAGUGCUAAAUCAUCUUUUACGUCACUGGAUCUGCGUACCAAAUGCAACAAUGGGACAAAAAAGAUGAAGGAUGAAGACAAAGCGGCUCAGGGCCUAGAUAAAGCUGAAAAGGAGACUAAUGACAAAACAGGAGACAAUCCUUUUUCACACACCCAUAUGGAGAUUUCUGGCUUUUCCAACAUUGUGGAACACGAAUGCAUGGUGGAUGAGGACUGUGGGGACCUGAAGUACUGCCUGUACGAGAUCGAAAACUCCAGGUGCCUUCCAUGCAUACCAACGGAUAUGCCCUGUACUAAGGAUGAGGAGUGUUGCUCAGAUCAGAUGUGUGUGUGGGGACAGUGUACAGUCAAUGCCACCAAAGGAACUGAGGGAACUAUCUGUCAGGAUCAGAGUGACUGCAGACCAGACCUCUGCUGUGCCUUUCAACAAGAGCUGUUGUUUCCAGUGUGUAAUCCCAAACCAGAGAAGGGGGAGUCCUGUCUGAGCCACCCCAACCUGCUGAUGGACAUGCUGGCCUGGAACCAGGAGGGUCCCCGUGACCACUGCCCCUGUGCUGACAACCUCCAUUGCCAACCACAUGGACGCGGAUCUGUUUGUGGAGAGUAGAACUGGAGAUGAAAAGAGCUUAAAGUUUCACAUUACCCCGUCCAGGAACUAUCCAACCAUAUUUUCUGAGCAUUCACCAAAGAAGGGCCCACCUGAUAAUCAACAGUUUAUAAAAGAUUAGAAAGUUGCUUCAACACUGGACUUGCACUGUGUUAUUUAUGCCCUACGACCAAUGUGUAUUAUAUAUCAUGAAGCAAAUAAAAGACAGUUUUUUAUGUUUUGACUGAGAA